GUCGCCAAACAGGAAGUAAACCACUCCUUCUGACAACGUUGAAGAAGAACAGUUUAUUGUGUACCUCCGGUUAGCAAAAUGGCUCAAGGUUCGAAGAAAUGUAAAGCUCAGCGGCCAGGAAUCUCUAAAAAACCCCAUCCAACCAAGCCGAAAGGACAGAGGAAAGGAGGGAGGCUCAUUGCACCAAAGAAGGCUCACGUGAUUGAGGAACAGAAGCUGAAGAAGGCUUUAGAGAUUGCCAUCAGGAACAAGAUUGAGGUGGAAGUGACCCAUAGGGCAAGCACAUGCCUGCACAAGCCACUGAGUGUGGUGAAAGGAGCUGAACGGCCUGAUGGCAAAGGCAUCCCAGGACUUCCCCGUCCAGAUACCAGCUCCAAAUAGGACCGGAUACAAAACCCUGAGGCUGACUGUGCUAAACUUAAGGACUUAGUCACGGGGUCAUUUAACUACAUUGAUCCCAUGACUCAGAUUUAAGAUGCACGCCAACUGUCUUGCUGUUUUUAUCAUUCCUAAAUAUUUGUAGCUGACUUCAGUCAUACAGAAAUAGACUGAGCCCCUCUUGUACAGAUGUUAAUUCUUGCUUUUCAGUUUACAAAGAAAUGUAUACAUAAAAAUUCUGAAUGUGAUCUGCAGGACUAGGCUCUGAGAAUUGCAUAAACCUCACUAGGGGGCACCACAGGACUCUUUACUCGUGGAAUUUGUGAUGGGUUGAAAUGCUGCAAGAAAAUAUGAUUUGAUGAUGUUUGUGCUCUACCACCCUGCAACUGUUUUGUAACAUUCUUUGUAUGAUUGUACAGCCGAAAAUGAAUAAUAAGAGUAAAACCACCAGUCACCGAUAUGAA